UACCUGUUGUGAAAGUACUACAAUUCUCAUACAUACAACUCUCAUUGUUAAUUUCUUCAAUCUCCACCAGAAAUGGAAACCCUUAUUGCAAAAAUAAGCAUCACACUCCUCCUAUUCAUGUUUUCAAUCUUCUCAGUAGCCUCAUCAAGAACAGCACCAGCUUCAUCCAGCAACAUAGAUUGGUGGUGCAACCUAACUCCACACCCCGUGCCAUGCAAAUACUACAUCACCGCCACUCAAACGAAGAGCCACCGUUUCACAUUGAUCAAGCACAGAACUAUCUUCCGAGGAAUGCUCGUUGAACAUGCCCUAAACCAGGCUCUCAUCAUGCAGAAAGAAGCACUUCACUCUGAUCAAACCAGCAUGCCAACAAAGAAUCACAGAACCGUGCACGGUGAUUGCGUGAAGCUCUAUGGAAAAACCAUCUUCCACCUCAAUCGCACCCUCGAGUGCUUCCACGGGAACAAGAACUGCUCCUCGGUUGAUGCACAGACAUGGCUCAGCACUGCCCUCACUAACAUUCAAACGUGUCAAGAUGGAAAAAUCGAACUUGGUGUUGAAGAUUCCAACAACAACAACAAUGUGACUGAGAUGAUAAGGAACAGCUUGGCCAUCAACAUGGACUUCAUGAAACACGAUCAUCACACGGAAACGGCUCACGAAGAAGCGUUUCCAAGUUGGUUUUCAAAGCCAGAGAGGAAACUGUUGCAGUCCAGAACGAUAAAGGCUCAGGCAGUGGUGGCAAAAGAUGGUUCUGGGGAUUUCAGAACCGUGCAAGAUGCUCUCAAUUCUGCUGCAAACAGGAAGGUGAAGACGAGGUUUGUGAUACAUGUGAAGAAAGGGGUUUACAAGGAGAAUAUCGAGGUUGCUGUGCACAAUGACAACAUCAUGCUGGUUGGUGAUGGAAUCAGAAACACUGUAAUCACGAGUAGCAGAAGUGUUCAACAGGGUUACACCACUUAUAGCUCUGCAACUGCUGGCAUAGAUGGUCUCCACUUCAUCGCAAGGGACAUCACCUUCCAAAACACCGCCGGAGCUCAAAAGGGUCAAGCGGUGGCGCUCCGGUCAGCCUCCGAUCUCUCCGUCUUCUACCGGUGCGCCAUCAUGGGCUUCCAAGACACGCUCAUGGCCCAUGCACAGCGCCAAUUUUACAGGCAAUGCUACAUCUACGGCACCGUUGACUUCAUAUUUGGCAAUGCAGCAGUGGUGUUGCAAAACUGUUACAUUUACGCCAGAAAACCCUUAGAGGGCCAAGCCAACAUGAUCACGGCCCAAGGCCGAGGUGACCCGUUUCAGAACACUGGGAUUUCAAUCCACAAUUCUCAAAUUCGGGCUGCCCCAGACCUCAGGCCCGUUGUUGACAAAUACAACACCUUCUUGGGUAGGCCUUGGCAACAAUACUCCAGAGUUGUGGUCAUGAAAACUUUCAUGGACACCUUGGUGAGCCCAUUGGGCUGGUCCCCAUGGGGUGAUUCUAAUUUUGCCCAAGACACACUUUAUUAUGGUGAAUAUCAAAACUAUGGGCCCGGUGCAUCUACAACCAAUAGAGUGAAAUGGCCCGGGUUUCAUGUGAUCACAAGCCCUGCUGAAGCGUCUCAAUUUACCGUCACACGCCUCCUUGCAGGCCCAACAUGGUUGGGCUCCACAACUGUGCCAUUUACCUCUGGGCUUUGAGCCUUUGCUAGUUCAAACUAAGUUUUCACAUGUUGUAGUUUGUGUAAAAACGCAUAUUGUUGAUAUUCUUUCGUACGCUGUUUAUACUGUUAUUUAUUAUUG